AUGGCUGACGAUACCCCUGUCUCUGCGCCCCAAGGCGAGCAGCCCGAGCGCGCCACUGAGCAACCCACUGACUCUGAGAACAAGUCUGAGGAUGUCACCUUGUCGGAAGACAAGCCUGCCGAGACUGAAGCUGCGCCCGACAAGAAGACGGACGCUGAAGCUGAGCCUGAUAAGCCUGCUUCCUCUGAUGAGGCUCCUGAGGCCAAGGCCGAUGGCGAAGCCGCCGAGGCUGCACCUGCCGAUGUGGAGGCCAUUGCGCCCGCGGAGGCCAACGGAACCCCUGCCUCAGCGAAGAAAUCCUCCAAGAAUCGCCGGACCUCCACUGGUACCACCCAGAAGCUGAGCCGCAAGAAGUCUCAGAGUCGCAUCACCCACCUGGACGCUAAGCCAGGCCAAACCUAUCUUGCCCGCCUUCGCAGUUAUGCGCCCUGGCCCGCUAUCAUCUGUGACGAGGGUAUUCUGCCAUCCAGCCUUCUCGAAACUCGUCCCGUUACUGCCAUGCAAAAGGAUGGAUCCUACAAGGGCGAGUAUGGUGACAAUGGCAGACGCGCCCAUGAGCGUACCUUCCCCGUCAUGUUCUUUGAUACCAAUGAAUUCGCCUGGGUUCCCAACACUAACCUGACUCCUCUCGACCCUACCGAGUGCAAAAAUAUUUCCGAGAAGAAUAAAACCAAAUCACUCAUCAAUGCCUACAAGGUUGCAUCCGAGGGCCACAACCUUCAGUAUUUCAAGAAGCUGCUGAACGACCACCAGGCAGCUAUUGACCAGGAAGAGGCUGAGUUGGAAGCUCAAGAAGCGGAGAAAGAGGCUGCCAAGGCCGCAAAGGAGGCCAAGAAGGGCAAGCGUAAGAGCAAGGGCGCUGAGACCGAUGUUGAAAUGGAGGACGCGGAUGACUCCAAGAAAUCCAAGGCUCCUUCCAAGAAGCGCAAGAAGGAUGCUGAGACCGAUGCUGAGGCGGAAAAGCCUGCUAAGACUCCCAAGUCUAACACAAAGCUGAAGUUGACCACCCCCAAGGCUCCUACUGAGGAUACUGGCAAGAAGACUCCCGCCAGCAAGACCAAGAAAGCACCUGCCAAGAAGGCCAAGGCAGCUCCCGUUGCCAGCGAUGAAGGAGACAGUGCCGAUGCUAAGGAAUCUGAGAAGCCGAUUGACCCAGAGGAACUGAGAAAGAAGAAGGAAAAAGAGAUUUUGUUCCUCCGCCACAAACUCCAAAAGGGGUUCAUUUCCCGCGACCAACCCCCCAAGGAAGAUGAAAUGGCUAGCAUGGCCGGCUACUUUGACAAAUUGGAAAAGCAUUCAGACUUGGAGGUCUCGAUCAUCCGUUCGACUAAGAUUAACAAGGUCCUCAAGAUGAUUGUCAAGCUCAACUCGAUUCCCCGGGAUGAGGAGUUCAACUUCCGUCACCGUGCCAUGGGCAUCUUGUCUAGCUGGAAGAACAUCUUGGACGCAGACACCCCCGGCCCGGCGGACAAGGAUGAGAAGUCGGCCGUUAACGGAGCCAAGGAGGAUGGUGUUGAAACCCCUAAAUUGGAGACAGAAGAGGAAAAGGAGCUCGAGUCUAAGUCGACCAAGGACGUUGAUUCCCCAAUGCCUGACGCGGAUGAGAAAGCCCCUGAGCCCGAGAAGGAAGAAAAGCCCGAGGAGAAGGCAGCUGAGGAGCCCACCGAGGAGAAGUCUGAGGAAAAGCCCGCGGAGGCUGCUGCUUGA